AUGAAGUUAGCAUCGUUUCUUUUCUUUCUUUUCGCUUUUGCGUAUGCGCAGGAUGAUUUCGCAGCAUUCAAUGGUGACGAGGAUGAUGUGCCCGCAACUGUUGACGAGGAAGCAGUGAUCGAAGAAAUCGAUGAUGACGAGCCAGUUGAUUUCAACGAGUUCAGUGAAGGUGUCGAUGUUGGCCAUGAAAUGAUGGAUAGAACUGACGAAGAGUUAGACCCCGAUGAAUUCGAAAACAUACCUACCAAUUCUAAGCCGAGUGACGAUUUGAAAGUAAUCAAUGUGAACGAAGUGCCAAAAAAUGCUCGACCUGUUAAACCAGUUUACACAAUCGAAUACGGACUAUCCGCUAUUAUCGUCAUUUACAUUGUUAACUACGUUUAUGGAAGACUUACAAACGGAACUAUUGCUACUGAUUGGUUCGGCACUGCCCAGCCUUUCUUGGAGAGUCAAUUUGCCCUCGUUGGUGAUGAUCGCAUGCAAAAAGAACCAGUUUCGUCUUUGCAGAUGACUAGAGAUGCGGAUCAUGUUUUCAGUAUCUGGUGCUCUGGAAGAAUGAAUGUUGACGGUCUUCUUGCGACACUUCGAUUAAAUAAACGCCAGGAUGCUAUGAGUGCUAUCUAUUCAACGUAUAUUCAACCGACUUCCGACAGAAUGAUUCUUAAAUUUACGAUGGAGAAGAUUGAGCCUCUCUGUUUUGUCGUGGGAAAGUCAUCAACUGUCAAGGAGGUCUUCGAGAACUAUCCAGACGUUGGAACAUUUUGUGCCGAUAAGAUCCGUUCCGCGGAUAAGCUCGGCCUUUCAAAUAUGUCUUACGUAGCUGAAACAGUGGAUUCAUUGUCUGUCUUCGAUAAGAAGAUGUGCAACCUAUUUGCUUCUGCUAAAGACUCGCUGAUCUCUCUUCACGUUUCGGACAGUUUCGUUGGACCUCGAGUGCCCGACGGUGAAGAGUCUGAACCUAUCUCCAAAGUUUGUAUAUUCGUCUUUGACAUGAAGGAUGUUCAACAGAAUGCGACUCAAUUUUUGAAACUGGCUGUCUACUUUGUUGAUCAACUUGCUAAAUUUAGCCUUGGAAAAGAGGCUUACGAAAAGCACAAGAAACGCCGCGCGAAGCAAGCUGAAGCGCAAGAUAGAAUCCGACACCAAGAAAGGCAAGAAGAACUUGCUCGAAAGAAGGAAGAAACACGCAGGGAAGAGUACAAGAAAAUGUUCGAAGAACAAGAUCCCGAAAAACAAAAGAAACUAGAAUAUGACCUUAACAAACGCGACCUCAAACGACAACAACGCAAGCAGAAGCCGCGAAUGAGCUUCCGAACAUGA